UGGGCGGCGCGGGCCGCCGCGGCGGCGCCCCCGGGGGCGCGGGCGGCCUCGGAGAUGUCCAAGGACCUGUUGCCCGGGCCGUACCCCCGGACACCGGAGGAGCGGGCAGCCGCCGCGAAGAAGUACAACAUGCGGGUGGAAGACUACGAGCCCUACCCCGACGACGGCUUCGGGUAUGGUGACUAUCCCAAGCUCCCUGAUAAGUCUCAUCAUGAGAGAGACCCCUGGUACCAGUGGGACCAGCCAGACAUGAGGCAUAACUGGGGAGAGCCGAUGCACUGGGACUUCGACAUGUAUAUUCGGAACCGUGUUGAUACAUCCCCCACUCCAGUUCCCUGGCACACCAUGCGCAAACACUUCCUUGUCUUUUUGAGUACCAUGCUGAUCAUGUUUGCUCUUGGAGAGAUCUAUCCGUCUUACAGGCCUGUGGGACCGAAGCAAUAUCCCUUCAAUGACCUGUAUCUGGAGAGAGGAGGAGACCCCAAUAAAGAGCCACCAGUGGUGACGCACUAUGAAAUCUGAAACUUGUUGAAGUGCUGUGUUUCUCCUGUGUCAGCUCUGCUGGGGAUGGCAUCUUCUCUAGUGUUCACUGUGGCAUAUGUUAAUGCUUGUUCCUCAGUGUUCAACCACUAACUGCAGUGAAAUAUAUCGAUGAUACCUAC